CGCCUGCUCCGCAGAGGACGCCGCCGCGAUGUCCGAGACCGCUCCCGCCGCCGCUCCCGAUGCGCCCGCGCCCAGCGCCAAGGCCGCCGGCAAGAAGCCGAAGAAGGCGGCGGGCGGCUCCAAGGCGCGCAAGCCCGCGGGCCCCAGCGUCACCGAGCUGAUCACCAAGGCCGUGGCCGCCUCCAAGGAGCGCAAGGGGCUCUCCCUCGCCGCGCUCAAGAAGGCGCUGGCCGCCGGCGGCUACGACGUGGAGAAGAACAACAGCCGCAUCAAGCUGGGGCUCAAGAGCCUCGUCGGCAAGGGCACCCUGGUGCAGACCAAGGGCACCGGCGCCUCCGGCUCCUUCCGCCUCAGCAAGAAGCCCGGCGAGGUGAAGGAGAAGGCGCCCAAGAAGCGGGCGGCCGCGGCCAAGCCCAAGAAGCCGGCGGCCAAGAAGCCCGCCAGCGCCGCCAAGAAGCCCAAGAAGGCGGCGGUGAAGAAGAGCCCCAAGAAAGCCAAGAAGCCGGCGGCCGCUGCCACCAAGAAAGCAGCCAAGAGCCCCAAGAAGACCGCCAAGGCUGGCCGCCCCAAGAAGGCAGCAAAGAGCCCGGCUAAAGCAAAGGCGGUGAAGCCUAAAGCUGCCAAGCCCAAGGCAGCCAAGCCGAAAGCAGCCAAGGCAAAGAAGGCGGCGCCCAAGAAGAAGUAAAUUAUCCUCGAAGAGUCCUGCUGUACAUAUUUUGUUAUCCAACGGCUCUUUUAAGAGCCACCCACACUUUCCCUAAAGGAGCUGAGGCACCGAGGUCGUCAGUCACCUGCAGCAAGGAUCCAGAAAUUCGUAAGUCGUCAGAGGUCAAUUGUCUUUUUCCCCUGCGAUUUCUGAAGCGAACCCUAACGAGCACGGUAUAGCGCGGCGGCUUUAGGGAAGUGUAGACUUUUGCAUCUUUUGCCGAGUAAUUGUUUUGACUGCCAUGACGAAAUGUUUUAUAAUGAUUUGAUAAAAAUCGGAUGUAACUUUUUUUAAGUAUAUAUUUUGUAACAAAAGUAAUGGAUUUGCCAGGCACGCUACUACUGAGCCAUGUCUAAUGUAUUGUAUUAUUUCUUAAGGUGCCUCCUUAAAUGCUUUGUGUACUACGGGGGGAGGAGGGGAGGCUUUUCUUACCACCCCGAAAACAGCCCUGAGCUCUCCAAUUCCUUUUGUCCUCUUUGAGAAAGAAAAGAAGCUUUAGGUAUUGGAAAAGCCCGCCCUGACCAAGGAUUGGCCAGCGCCGAGCCCAGCCCGCUGCCCCCUUCCCCCUCCCCGCGCGCUUCCCCGGAGAAGAUCGCGGCUGGUGCGGCGGCUGCUGCCGCCCGUAAGGAAGGAAAACGCGGAAGGGGGACGGAGGCGGGACUUAACACCGAAAUGGGUUGUUCUCGCUUUCUGCGGUUUGAGAAUUAAACGUAUUCUGUCUCGUCCCUGGAGGAGCUUGUUUCAUUAUGGCACGACUUUGUUAACAAAAACAUGGAAAGCGUUGCUACUAUGGCCCAAACAAAAAUACCGAUAAUAAACAUAUGAAAAAAAAA